AUGGCGAACUUCGGCGCGGGGGACUACCGCAAGGAGCACAUGUACCGCCUGGCCCCCAUGGCCAUCCCCACGAUGCGGGCGCGGCCCCUCUGCGGCGGGCACGCCUUCCAGCCCGAGGACGACUGCCAGCGAUUCCCCGACUUCCACCCCAUGUACGACGCCGUCCUGGAGCCCUGGUCCCCGGGCCCGCUGGCGCCCGCGCCCCUGUGGCGGCAGCCGCGGCCCGCGCCAGGCCCCCCCAAGCAAGCCAUGGCGCCCCCGCUGCCCCCGCUGCCCCAGCCCCUCGGGCCGUCCUCGCUGGCGCCCACCCCGCUGCUGCCGCCGCUCCCCUUCUUCCCCGCAGACGAGCCCUGCAUCUACUCGGAGUGGCGCGAGUCCUGCCCGUGGAGGGAGACGGAGGCGGCGGGCGCAUCGGGCACGGCGGUGGCCACGCCGCACGGCACCAUGUCGCUGCGGCUGCACGACCGCAUCAGGGUGGACAUGAGCGUGGACAGGGCCGUGAGGGUCAUCAACCUCAAGAACAACAUCGUGCUGGCGCUGGGCGGCAACGGGGCGUCCGCCGCGCUGCUGCACCCCAACGGCAGGACGUACCAGUACGGCAGCCGCGUCGAGAUCCUGGCGCACGACUCUCGCGGCAACAACAAGUUCGCCAAGAUGUGGUACAAGGGGGUGAGCUUCACGUCGGAGCAGUGCGCGCUGGUGUACUUGGUGGACACGGCGGGCACGCGCACCACGACGGACAACUUCUCGGACAUGUCGCAAGACCUGUCGCUGUCCGUGUUCUACAACGACUCGCGGCACGGCCCGUCCUACGUGUCCGAGGCCAUCAACCUGCUCGAGUCCGGCCAGUACUGGGUGACGGACGAGGGCGUGGAGAACUGGCUCAUCAACGGCGUCCGCGUGUCGCAGACGGCCGACGGACUCGUCAGGGUGGCGCGGAACAGCAACAAGUACCAGGUGCGGACGUCGCCCUCCAACGGCACGGCGUCGCUGACGACGCCCUUCCUGCACUGCACGGCGUCGCUGGGCCAGACGUCGCACUUGUUCGUGCGGCGCGGCGAGCGGCGCAUGCACUACGACGGCGCCAGCUUCAUCGUGCGCAACGCGGGCCACUCGGCCGGCUUCGACGAGAAGAACCAGCUCAAAGUGUACUGAGCCGGCGGGGGCGCACUUUUCACUUGAGACUUGAGCGUGGCUACGCCGCUGCACCGUGUUGGGGUCCGUGACUCGCCGCGCUGUGACAGUGGCGUAGCGAACGGCCGCGACGUCCCCACUGCAUCUCGCGCGAUCUCCAUUUUAUUGUUUUUGUUUUAUAUCCCUAAUGUGUCGUGUGGAGUGUGCGAGCGUGGGCCCAUUUUCAAUGGCUGCUGCUUUGUUCGAUGGGAGUUUAUUCGCGACGGGAGUCUGAUCGUUCCGGCCGCGCCGGUCGUCCUUUCGUUAAUUUGUAAGUCAGGUUUAUUGGAUUGUACUUUUGUGCCGAACGAGUGUUUCUCUUGUUGCCUAUCUGACAGAUCCGCGUCACUUUUUUUACUGCACAGACUGCGCCCCUCUGUCUAUGUGUGUGUGUGUGAGUGUGUGUGAGUGUGUAAUGUGCAGCAGUCGGUAAACAAAUAAACGUUUAUUGUGAUAACACCGAACGGUUCGUCCGGUUCUUCCCCCUCUCUCCUCCUGCGCUGCACCAACCAACAAUGGUACACGGGGAAUGACGAGAUUGGAAAUGA